UACCGGAACCGUGCUUGAGAGCGAACACAGGAGCAGGGAGUGAUUUGAACAAGGCAGGUGUUUUGAAGAAAUUACGUGAGCGAGGGUCGAACGCGCGUGUGUGCUGUAAAGAGGGAAAAUGGACCCUUGUCCCGUUAAGUAGGAUAAUUUAUCAGAUCGUACGCACGUUUUGUUUAACCGGGAACAACACGAGACGUGCCCGCCGAGCGAACCCUGUGGCUAUCGUCGGGCUCCAUAGCGCCCCUACGAUCGACCAGACGACUUUUGCUACUUGGAGAGUGGGGCCCGCCCUGAGCAAGCUACGGGCGGUGGAAAAACAAGAAAAAACGUCGUCCAAGAAACCAGCAUUUUCUACAAGAAAUCAAACUCUUACUGACUGGAGAAACGUAAGGAUUUUUUUCGGCUACUACGACGAUGUUCACGUGAGUCACGGAGACAACAGACAACGCCGUCCCAAAGGAUAGGUGUAACUAGGCGUCUUCACACCUGUCUCUAAGGAUGAACACAGAGAUAAUCGUCUUCUCGUAAUCGUCUUAUUUCCAUAUCUGGCGCACAAGGAGCUUCGGCUGAUCUCAAAGACUGAUUGCAAGGAUUUUCGGUCAGACGACCACAGACGACGUAAAAUCACCACAGACGACGUCUGGGACAAAUUUAUGCAGCAAACGUAGCGGGAAAAUACUCAGGUAUAUGGUGAUGUCCUUGAGCAAGAUGAUACACAGAAGGAUGUACGCAAGACGUCUUCGGUACUGAAGAAGGAGUCUCCUUGAAUCGCAGACGCGCCGGUCAUACUAAGGGCACAGCGGGGGUGAACUGUGUUUCAAACAUGGAAACGGGAGGGGUCACUCUGGACAGCAAUGGUCACUCUGGACCGCGGUCAGAGAACGGAGUUGCGGGGACCAAGUUUGGCAUGAUGUCGUCUUCUUUUGAGUCCAAACGUACCGGAGUUUCGUUCGGCCAAAUCGAGGAAGACUUCGACAAACCGAAGAAGGGCAAGCUACCGAAAGACGCGGCGGACGUGAGAGAGAUGUCGGCUCAGAUUGUAGCGGACGUCCUGGCCAGGUCAGUUUUGGAACACCUGGUGGUGAAUCAGAAGAGAUUCGGGCUUAAUGCCGAGGCGUUGACGGCGGCGCGCGCUGCGGCACUCUGGGCGGCGAACAGGCCGGCCGCCCCGUCCCUACAAAACCCCGAAGCCGCCGCGUGGGAAGUAAUACAAGCCGCCGAGAAAGCCUCGAACGUGAGUCGGCCCGCUGCAGUAUUGUCUACACUAUCCAAGAAAGACGAAAAAUCCAACGGUAAAAACGGACUUGCAGUGACCAACGGUAGGACUAAAGAAAAAGAGAACGUCACUCGUCCGAAAAAGGCAAGAAGCAAAACGUGCGUGAUUUUGUGACUUCCGUAACUAUCAGCUGCUCCAUGGAUUUAAUUUGUUUUAUUCAUGUUGUCUCAGCUGUUUCAUACUCUCGAAAGUAGUAUAAAAAGGAAAUGUAUUUUGUACACGUGAAUGAGAAUCAUAAUGGGCUACGGAAAGCUUUUCAGUGCCAGGGACAGCUAUGCUCUUAUGUCCAUUAAUGUACAGGUGUUUUCGCAUGAAAAGAAAGGAAAUUGUAUUUUUCAUUCUAUUGUACUAUUUUUAAACACAGCCUCAUUGAAUGGGCUUCGCAGAUGUCUAUAAUUUACAUGUAUACCACCAGCUGCUGUGAUUAUGAUGUUCUGUAAGAGUUCAAAGAGUCGAGAACGGAACUUGAUCGGUUGACGUAUGAACUGCAAUGUUGCACAUUGUCUUGUUGUCCACGAGAAUAAAAUUUCCUCACCUUUGACCUUGCUGUGACGUCAAUUGCGCGUGCUGAAAUUUCAUGUAUGUGGAUCAUCUACUGUUGUGACGUCAUGCAGCCUAGCAACCAGGUUCAGGCACGGAUUAAAAAUCACCGCAUUGACGGCACUGACGUAAUGGCAAACUUGCCCGAGCAGCUCUGCAUUCCAUGUCCUUUAUUAUAUUUUCUUCACAUAUU